CAGGAUGCGCCUUCCUGACCUACUGCGCUCGCGAGUCGGCGCUGAAGGCCCAGAGCGCCCUGCACGAGCAGAAAACGCUCCCGGGGAUGAACCGGCCCAUCCAGGUGAAGCCGGCGGACAGUGAGAGCCGAGGAGAGGACCGCAAGCUCUUUGUGGGGAUGCUGAGCAAGCAGCAGGCGGACGAGGACGUGCGCAAGAUGUUCGAGCCCUUCGGCACCAUCGACGAGUGCACGGUGCUGCGCGGCCCCGACGGCACCAGCAAGGGCUGCGCCUUCGUCAAGUUCCAGAGCCACGCCGAGGCCCAGGCCGCCAUCGCCGCCCUGCACGGGAGCCGCACGCUGCCGGGCGCCUCCUCCAGCCUGGUGGUGAAGUUUGCGGACACGGAGAAGGAGCGGGGGCUGCGGCGGAUGCAGCAGGUGGCGACGCAGCUGGGGAUGUUCAGCCCCAUCGCCCUCCAGUUCGGGGCCUACAGCGCCUACACGCAGGCGCUGAUGCAGCAGCAGGCCGCGCUGGUGGCCGCGCACUCGGCCUACCUCAGCCCCAUGGCCACCAUGGCGGUGCAGAUGCAGCACAUGGGCACCGUCAACCCCAACGGCAUCAUCGCCACCCCCCUGCCACCGUCCUCAGGAACCAGCACCCCCCCGGCCAUGGCGGCCACCCCGGUCCCGGCCAUCGCGGCCCCGCUGAGCGUUAACGGCUACAGCCCGGUGCCGGCGCAGCCCGCGGGACCCCCGGCCCCCGACGCCGUCUACGCCGGGGGGGUUCCCCCCUUCCCAGCCCAGAGCCCCGCGACCCCCGGGGACCCCCUGCAGCAGGCGUACGCGGGCAUGCAGCACUACACUGCCGCGUACCCGGCCGCCUAUGGGCUGGUGAGCCCGGCCUUCGCCCCCCCGGGACCCCUGCUCGCCCCCCCGCCCCCCCCGCAGCAGCAGCAGCGCGAAGGCCCCGAGGGCUGUAACAUCUUCAUCUACCACCUGCCCCAGGAGUUCGCCGACACCGAGAUCCUGCAGAUGUUCCUCCCCUUCGGCAACGUCAUCUCCGCCAAGGUCUUCGUGGACAGGGCCACCAACCAGAGCAAGUGCUUCGGCUUCGUCAGCUUUGACAACCCUGCCAGCGCCCAGGCCGCCAUCCAGGCCAUGAACGGGUUCCAGAUCGGGAUGAAGCGGCUCAAGGUGCAGCUCAAGAGGCCCAAAGACGCCAACCGACCCUACUGAGAUGGUCCGGAGGUUCCGGAGCAGCACCUUUGGGUGCCCCCCACCCCCAUUGCAGAGCAGCGCCCCCCCCAACCCCAGCGGUGCCCGGGGGGGGGCUCGGUCCUGCUGGGGGGGGACCCCAGACCCCCCCACGCUCAGGAAGGAUGGACCCCCCCUCCAGGCCCCAUCCCAGUCCAGCCCAGUCCAUCCCAGUCCAGCCCAGCGCAGGGUGCCAGUGCCCCCCCCACCCCAGCAGCCACGCCCACUCCAUUUUUGGGGGGGGGUCGUGCCCACCCUGGGGGGCCCCAAAAGGACCCGACCCCCCCCAUCCCCCCCCCCCGGGACCCCUCUUGGGGCUUUUCUCACCAAACAGGACCAAAAGCAGCUCCAAACCGGGGGGGUCACGGGGGGGUCACUGGGGGGUCACAGGGGUCACGGGGGUCACGGGGG